GUGUGAAUUUCAGUGUUUCUUGAUUAAUUGUGUUUGUUGAAUUUUGAAUAAUCGCAUGCCAUCAUAGAAACUGUUGCAUUUGACUUGAUUCACUGCCAUUUUUUCGUUUCUUUCUGGUGGUCCUUGAUUCCCUAUGUGAAUUUUGUUUUCUAGGUUUCGUCUUUUCAGGUUUACUGGAAGUGGGCUUGGAUUUUUUUUUUGCUUCUGUUAAAGCCUCUUUUUUUUUGGGAAAAAAAGUAAUUUUGCGGUGUGUUCUGUGAUUGACUAGUAAUUCUCAAAUUGUGCCAUCACUCUCCCUAGCUUCCUUUUGGAAUUCCUUUUUCACUCUCUCCUUCUAUUGAUGCUUCAUAGACUCCUUUUCCAGUUUUGCUUUUUGAGCUUUUUGAGUUUGUGGGCUUAAUCUUUCUGGCUUGUACUAGAUAACUUGGCUACAACAAAGGUAGCUGCUGGAGUAUUUCUGGGUUGUUGUUCCACAGAGUUGGAGAUAAAGUGCUUGGGGUGUUAUCGUGGGCAUUAUAGCGAUUGUAGCAGUUAUGCAGUGUUUUUGUUGUAUCUAAGUCUUAAAAGAGUAGCUUAUUGUUUCAGUGAUGGCUUCGAAGACUGGCUCUAGAGCUCACUUGGGAUUGCAACAAAAAGCUGUCGGCGCUCAUUAUGCAGUCACGGCGCAUGAUCUCAAAUCUUUGCCCCUAAAGACUAACAAGCCGAAGCUGAGUAAACCAGAGAAGGCUGAAGAAUCUGGUAUGGAUACUGCUGGGGAGCCUAGAGAAGAUGUUGAGUUCAAACUAUCUCAAAUUAAUCUUGAGGAUUCGUCGAAUGUGUCACCUGGUAACUCAGAUUCCAAAGCUUCUUCUACCGGAUCAGAGCAAGUUAAUGAAAUCUCCAUCGAAACUUCUGAGGAUCAAGAAAAGAAAAUAUCCAAUCCAUGCAGUGCGAAGAACAGCUCCGUUUCUGCAAAGAUUAGUGAUGCACCAGCAAAAACUAGUGGAAGUGCCAAAGUGAACGAUAGAGUAGAGCUCGAGAGUGGGAAGAGCAGCGUGUGCCGUGGAAGCACUGGCAGUGAUGUGAGUGAUGAGAGUACCUGUAGCAGCUUUAGUAGCGGUAUCAACAAACCCCAUAAAGCAAACGACAUACGAUGGGAAGCCAUCCAAGCACUUCGAUCCAGAGAUGGUGUAAUCGGAUUGAGCCAUUUCAGGCUGCUGAAAAGAUUAGGUUGUGGAGAUAUCGGGAGUGUUUAUCUAGCUGAGUUGACCGGAACUAAAUGUUAUUUCGCAAUGAAAGUUAUGGACAAAGCAUCUUUAGCUGGCCGUAAGAAGCUUCUCCGUGCUCAGACUGAAAGAGAGAUACUCCAGUCCCUCGACCAUCCCUUCCUUCCGACUCUGUACAUCCAUUUUGAAACCGAUAAAUUUUCAUGUUUGGUCAUGGAAUUCUGCCCUGGAGGAGACCUACACACCCUUAGACAGAGACAGCAAGGAAAAUAUUUCUCCGAACAAGCAGUCAAGUUUUAUGUUGCAGAAGUGCUGCUUUCGUUGGAGUAUUUGCACAUGCUUGGGAUCGUUUAUCGCGAUCUCAAGCCAGAAAACGUCCUGGUCAGGGACGACGGCCAUAUCAUGCUCUCAGACUUCGAUCUCUCACUUCGUUGUGCUGUCAGCCCGACUCUGGUGAAGACCUCAUCUCUUGACACCACCGACCCCCAGCGCAAAACCCCUGGUUACUGUGCCCAGCCAGCGUGCAUCGAACCAUCCUGCAUUACGCCAUCGUGCGUCGUCCCAACGUCAUGCUUUUCACCGCGUCUCUUCUCCAGCAAAUCCAAGAAGGACAAGAACAAAAACGAGAUCGGCAACCAAGUGAGCCCCUUGCCCGAGCUGAUGGCCGAGCCAAGCAACGCCCGGUCAAUGUCUUUCGUUGGGACACACGAGUAUCUGGCACCCGAGAUCAUCAAAGGCGAAGGCCACGGAAGCGCAGUGGACUGGUGGACGUUCGGCAUCUUCCUAUACGAGCUCUUAUUCGGCAAAACUCCCUUCAAGGGAUCCGGCAACCGAGCCACACUAUUCAACGUCGUAGGGCAGCCUCUCCGCUUCCCGGAAUCGCCCGUUGUCAGCUUCGCCGCCCGGGACUUGAUAAGAGGAUUACUCGUGAAGGAGCCUCAGCACAGGCUGGCCUACAAACGAGGCGCCACGGAGAUAAAGCAGCAUCCAUUCUUUGAAGGGGUGAACUGGGCGCUGAUACGUUGCGCCACCCCACCGGAGAUCCCGAUGCCUGUCGACUACGAGCGGCUGCCUGUCCCCACAGCAGCACCGGUGGCUGCUGCUGCUGCUGCUCCUGGUGGUGAUCAGAAAAGUGACAAGUAUCUUGAGUUUGAUUUCUUCUAGUGGCAAAGGUGUGAGAAAUGAGUGUGUGGAGGUGGAUUGUUUGAGGGUGGAUAGCUACAGAAUUGAAGUGAUAUGUAUAAUUUGUGGUAGGGAAAGAAGGUUGUUGGAUUCAAGGAAAUGUAGGACCAAAUUAUAAAUGGUGUUUUCAUCAUCUGUUUAGUCUUUAAUGUUUAUCCA